AUGGCUGUAUCCAGUCUUCGUCCCGUGAUCCCUUUCCCUUUUGGGACUGCUGUUCACAAUGUCUCUGCUGAACCAUUGACUACUGGUGUCGAUAGGGCGGCUCUUGAGACAUCAAGCAAAAUUCUCGAUAUCAUCGGGAGAUAUCGCAUGAAACAAGACGACAACCUCUACUCACAUUCCGAUGAGUCAACUCUCAAAUUCAUCGCCCUCAUCUACACACAUGUAAAGGCCGGCAAACCGGUCCCUAUGUGCCUACCGGCUUUCCCUUUCAAGUCGCCAAAUUCAACAUCGAAGACAUUGGGAAAACUUCCUGAUAAGGGUGAAGAAAUUGCCCUUGCUCAUCUGAACGGACUCUGCAGCGCUAUUGGCGAUGUAUAUGCGCCAGGGGCUAGACUUACUAUCAUUUCUGAUGGAUUAGUAUAUAAUGACCUUCUUGGUGUCCCAGAUAGAGAUGUCUGGGCCUACGGCGAGACUCUCCGCUCCAUGGCAGCAGAGAAAGAAUUCCACAAUAUCUCCUUCGCGCGUCUUCGCGAUCUUGUUGAGAUCGAUCUACCGAAGGACCUUGAGGAGAUGACCUAUGUUGGCAACGCAUCAAACUUUCGACGCGCACUUCUCAACACCUUCAGCAAGCCCGGAUGGAGUUGGGAUGACGUACGCCAAUCAGACGAUCAGUGCAUGACUUAUCGCGGAUAUAUCAAGUUUCUUCAGACAGACUUGGAAACGGUUUACCCAGUUGAUGAGAAUCGCAGCAAGUCAAAGUACAAGAGAGGCAUUGAGUAUAUCGCGAAGCAGAUGAUGGCUCGCGGAGAUGCCUUCGCAAAUGCUGUUCGACAAAAGUACUCUGAUCAUGUUCGCCUAUCAAUCCACCCCUCCACCGGCGCUGUCAAGCUUUCUAUCAGCCUAUUGCCAACCGAGCAACUGUACACCACGCCCUGGCAUUGCAGCGUGGCUUACAGACUGGACGGUACUAUCAGAACCGGCAUGCGAUCUGAGUUCGACAAGGACGCAAGUCUCGAACUAGUCUACGACAACGGACGGCCUUCGCAUUACCGAGAGAAGUCACCAUUGCUGUCAUGGGCCGAGGACAAGGGCGGCAUCGUGGUCGAUCCUAUGUAUCCCGCUGGUCUGAUCAUUCGUCCUGCCAAUGGAGCUGGCUCCCUGGCGCUCGACGAUAUCGACACGAAGAAAGUUCGCGCCUUGUCAGAGAUCAACUCACCUGUUGUCCUCAAGGGUUUUGUCAAGAAGCCCAAUCGCGACCGCUUCAUUGACUUCAGCCACCGUUUUGGAACCCCGCUACCCUGGAAGUUUGGGCUUUUGCUUGAAGUCAAGGAUCGAGGUCAGGAUGCUCGAGGCCUGAACAAUGUGCUCUCGGCAGAGCCUAUGCCGUUCCAUUAUGAUGGUUUGUUCAAAGUCGUCAAGCAGACCGAUGAGAAUGGGAAUGAGAAGACAGUUUCAACUCCUCCCCAGUUCCAACUAUUCCAAGGCGCAACCUCCUCACCAAGAGAUACCGGCUUCACUCUUUUCUCUUCUUCAACCCUGUUCUUCAAGUAUCUCCCAUCGUGGCUCAAGAAGGACAUCUCCCAGCUCACCUGGAGUGUAUCAACAUCAGCAUUCGACAACACCGUCCUGAGAGGUCUACCUCUAGCUAUUGACCAUCCUACGACUGGCAAGCCAUGCCUUCGAUACCACGAGCCUUGGCCCCAGUCCAAGACGCGAUUCGAUGCUUCUGAUGUUACGAUUGAUGGACUCGAGGCUACUGAGAGUGCUGCUGUCUGCGAAACUAUUGACUCGGUUCUUUAUGAUCGCCGCGUUGCCCUGUACUAUGCCUGGGAUAAGGGCGAUAUUUUGGUUAGCGAUAACAUCUUGAUGAUGCAUACCAGGAGUGAUUUCACUGCGGGCGUUGAUCGUGAGCUGUGGCGAAUUCACUUUGACUAG